UCUUAGAAGGGGCUUUCAACUCUUGCAGUCACUUCCAGUCGACCAUUGAAAACCUUAUUCCUUGUGAAUGUGAAAAUAAUUCGUGGUUCUCAGAUUAACUUAUUUAUAAUUAAAAUGGCCGGUGAAAGUGCUGUAUCCACAGUUGCAAAGCCUUUAAUGCGAGGCCUCCUGAACAAUGCUAUUAAGAGAAAUCUGAUCAUUUCUCUGACCCUUGCUGGUAUAUCUGGAAUUGCUUUCCAGCAGCUUGUUGCCAGCGAGCGGAAGAGGAAGUACGCUGAAUUCUACAGGACAUAUGACGCUGAGAAGGAAUUCGAAGAAAUGAAGGCUAAGGGUCUGUUCCAGUCCUGUUAGGAUGUGAACUUAUUAGUGUAGUAUAAUUUUCCUUUCAUGUAAAAUAUGUAAUUUAAAAUAAAAAUCAUUUCACUUUA